GAAUUUAAAGGGUCAAAAGCCCAAAAAAGAAAGGAAAGAAAAAGAAGGAAAGGGAAAAAUAAAAAGAAAAUAGAACAAAACACAAACGAAAAGAAAAAAAAAAAAAGAAAAAGAAAGAGAGAAACGUAAACACCAGACCAGAGCAGCUUUCAAAAAAGAAAUUAAAAAAAGAAACGUAUAUUUAGAUACAAAGCUUCAUUAGCAUUUUGAUUCAUAAUAGUAUUUCCAGAAGGGAGCUGUAGCGGUGAUUGGUUUUUGAAUAGUAAUGGCGGGUUACAGAGCUGAAGAUGAUUAUGACUACCUUUUCAAGGUGGUUUUGAUUGGGGAUUCCGGGGUUGGCAAAUCUAACUUGCUUUCAAGAUUCACCAGAAAUGAGUUCAGCCUCGAAUCCAAGUCCACAAUUGGUGUUGAGUUUGCCACUCGAAGCUUGAAUGUCGACAAUAAAGUCAUCAAGGCUCAGAUUUGGGACACUGCUGGCCAGGAAAGGUGAGCCCUUUAAUUUUAUUGAAGUUAAAGUUCGCGACUUUCUGUGAUCUGGGAUGUUUUCGAAUUGUUUUGUUUUCGUUCUUCAGGACUACUUUUUAAUACCUUAGUUUUAGAACAUGGGAAUGUGAGGGUUCGUGUGUUGCAAUUGUUGUUGGAGUUGGGUUGUUGAUCAGACGCUGCUUUACUCAAAAUCGUUUGUAAUUUGUGCUUGGCGUGAUUUGGAAAAUCCUUCUCUGUUAAGUUUUUAGUUUUAAGUUAGAUUGAUAUGCAACUUGGAGAGAUCUGGAAAGAAUGCGACACAAUGUCUGUCUAGUGUGUACUUUGAUCUGAGAAUGGUGAUGAUCUGGAACAAUAUGCGUUGGUAUCGGGCAAUCACCAGUGCUUAUUACCGGGGUGCUGUUGGUGCCUUGCUUGUGUAUGAUGUGACCCGGCAUUCUACUUUUGAGAACGUUGAAAGGUGGUUGAGGGAGUUGAGGGAUCAUACAGAUCCCAAUAUUGUUGUCAUGCUGGUCGGAAACAAGUGUGAUCUUCGACACCUAGUUGCAGUCUCAACUGAUGAUGGGAAGUCAUUUGCUGAAAGGGAGUCUCUUUAUUUCAUGGAAACUUCUGCUCUUGAAGCUACCAAUGUGGACAAUGCGUUUGCAGAGGUUCUUACACAAAUUUACCAUAUAGUGAGCAAGAAGGCCAUGGAGGCUGGUGAGAAUGGAAAUCAUUCAGCUGUGCCAUCAAAGGGAGAGAAGAUUGAUGUGGGUAAAGACGUUUCUGAUAUGAAGAAAGGCGGAUGCUGUUCAACAUAA